UAUUGAAAUUGUUCAACUUUGUUUAGUAGAAAACUGAAACAUCCUUAAUUUGAGACAACUAAUCUUAAAAUUGGUGACUUUAUGGUCCCUUUUUUCUUUUUUAUCCAUUCAUAAUUGAUUUAUCAUGAACUGUUCUUCACUGGUAGUAGUACCACUUAUUGCCAUUAAAAGCUAAAUCAUCUUUUUAGGAAGACAAUAUAUACAAUAUGUGUUGUGUGAUCUAGAAACCCUGGAGUGAGUGAGUGAGUGACUUUUUCACUUCAUUCUUUCUUUCUUGCUUUUGGGGAAUAUUGGAUUGCUUUGUCUUCAUGAUUGGUUUUUCUUUUUCAUCUUAGGAGUUUCCUCCUCAAGUACCAUAUAACCAGACAAAGGAGGUUGUUACUGUAGAAAAGGUCAUGCUAUGCUUAUCUUGUUGCUCUUUGGGGUGUAGACUGUAGUAGCUGAGUUGUAAUUUACUUCUAUGGGUGAAUUUAUUGUAGAUACAACAAUAUUUGGAGAUAAGAUGGGAGAGACUGCUGCUGCUUCAAAUUCUGCUUUGCAAGUUUCUGUUUCAUUUGGUAGAUUUGAGAAUGAUUCAUUGUCUUGGGAGAGAUGGUCCUCGUUCUCUCCGAAUAAGUACUUGGAAGAGGUUGAGAAGUGUGCCACGCCUGGAUCGGUAGCGCAGAAGAAAGCUUACUUCGAAGCGCAUUACAAGAAGAUUGCUGCACGAAAAGCCGAAUUGCUGGCUCAAGAGAAGGAAACGGAGAAGGAUUCAUUCGGAUCAGAUGAUCAAAAUGGUGUAGAUCUGAGUGGGAAUGCUUGUGGGACCGAUGCGGAGUUUGAUGUAUCGAACGCUCAAGGUUCUACCACUGAAGGGGUUGAGCAAGAAAUCAGCUCUGUUGGUGAGGUCAGCAGGAACCUUUUGGAUGCUUUGAAGGAGGAGGAAGUUGCAGUUUCUAGAGAUUGUUACCAGAGUUCAUCAAUUGAGGUUGAAGAGAGUGAGGAACAGGAAAGUAUAUCUCAUGGUGCCGAACCAAUAGAUGAGCCUGAAGAAGUUGUGUGCAUAAAACAAGAAGAAAAUCUUCAUGUUGAAGCUGAAGAUGUGAAGGAAAUUUCACACGUUGAGUAUAAGGAAACAGAAAAGGCCUCAGAAGUUGAAGCAAAAGAUGUGAAAUUGGAUCAUCCAAAGGAAUCUAAGGUUGCCUCUGUGAAUAGGGAAAGCAAUGCAGCCAAGACAAAAAAGAAAUCAAUGCUACCUAAAUCUAAGGCAUCACAGAUUUCCACGCCCAGAAAUUCAAAGCCUGCUUCAACUCCAAGCAAGCCAUUGACAUCUGCCUCUUCAACUAAAAAGGGAAAUUCACCAUCUUUAUCUAGGAAGCCAAUUACUUCCAGUGAGGAAAGCAAAAAAGUUGCUAACAAACCAUUGCACAAGUCCCUGAACUUGGAGCCGAGUAAUCCUGAUCCAGCUCCUCUUCCUACCUUGAGGAAAUCUUUCAUUAUGGAGAGUAUGGGGGAUAAGGACAUAGUCAAACGAGCAUUUAAGACAUUUAAGACAUUCCAGAACAAUUACAGCCAGCCAAAAUCUUCUGGUGAAGACAGAUCUUCGGUAAAAAAGCAGGUUCCUUCAAGGGGGACUGUGUCAAAGGUUCCAACAUCUUCAUCUUUACGGAAAGAAAAUGGAAGGCCAAAUAAGGUUGAGAGUAAGGACACAAGAGGUGGAAACACUGUACAAACUACUUUGAGCCGAAAAAGUGACAUUAUAUCAGGGAAAGGGAAAGAGUCUUCAAGAAAAUUAGAUGUAAGCUCUCAUGCAAAAGAGACGCCAAGGACACGUCUCCAAUCGAAAUUGAAGGAGGAAAAAGAGGCAGACAUGAAAAAGCUCAAACAUAAUUUCAAGGCCACACCCCUACCAGCUUUUUACGGUGGUCAAAAAGUAUCAAAAGUUCGUCCAGAAAAGGUUGAUGCUAAGACUGAGAAACCUCGAUAGCUCCACAAAUAGUGAAGGUAAAGAGAGAGGGGGAAAUAAAUAGAGGCUAAAUAGACUAGUGUAUCUUCAGGCGAAAUAUUAAUGGAAGUAAUUCAACGCUAUGGCAUUCUGGUUUAGUAAGCAACAGGGAAGAAUCAUCUUGUUAAAUAGGAGCUGAUGAACAUUGUGAGGACUAGGAGGAAGGAAUAGGCAUCAUUUAUUGAUGAUAAUUUUCUUUCUCACACCCCUCCUAGGCUAUAUAUUAGUUAGAAAAUAAUUUUGUAUAAUGUCUGUAAUGUAAAGAAUGCACACAUUUCUUGUAGUUGGUUACAGCAGUUUUCUUGUUCUCUGUCCA